AUGUCAACAAGCGCUCUCUUUCCCUCUUGGCUGAGUUCAACUGGUCCUGCCCUCUCUCUGCGGAACCCUAGGCCCUCAGAGGACAGCCUGCAUCCUUCCAGCCCAGGUCUGAACACCCCAAGUGCCAGCUCCCUGCCUCUACCUCCUCCUCCUUUCACCUCGAGCCAAACAGGAGGUGGAAGCCAUGGAAGGAGCAAAUGUAAGUUUCCCCAGCACAAUCGUCUUGUUGGGCUUCUCAGAUCGCCCGUGGCUGGAGAUGCCCCUCUUUGGAGUGGUGCUGGUGGCCUAUGUCCUCACUCUGAUGGGGAACAGCUCCAUCAUCUUUCUCUCCGCAAUAGAUCCUAGACUUCAGACUCCCAUGUACUUCUUCCUGGACAAUCUAUCAGUGCUGGACCUUUGUGUCACCUGCACCAUUGUCCCCCAGCUGCUGGCCAAUCUCUGGGGACCGGACAAGACAAUUGCUUCCUGGGGCUGCUUCACCCAGGCCUACCUCUUCCACUGGACAGGGUGCACUGAAUGUGCCCUGCUGGCGGUAAUGGCCUUUGAUCGCUAUGUGGCUAUUUGCCGGCCCCUCCGGUACACUCUCAUCAUGCGUCCCCAAGUGUGUGUACAACUGGCAGCUGCCGCCUGGUGCAGUGGCCUGGCCAAUUCGAUGCUCCAAGCCACGCUCACACUUCAGCUCCACCGCUGUGGUCACCAUACACUAGACCACUUCUUUUGUGAGGUGCCUGUUCUGAUCAAGCUGGCCUGUGGUGACACCACUGCCAAUGACCUGUCCCUGGCUCUGGGAGCCAUCCCCUUUGCACUGGUGGCCCCCUUGCUCGUACUCUUCUCCUAUACAUUCAUUGCCAGGGCUGUGCUGAGGUUGCCUUCAGCUCAAGGAAGGUACAAGGUGAUCAGUACUUGCAGCUCCCACCUGGUGGUAGUCCUCAUGUAUUUUGGACCAGCCAUCUACAUGUACCUCCAGCCUCCUGCCAAUAGCACUCAAGCCAAGUUCAUGUCCUUCUUCUACUGUGUAAUCACCCCACUGCUCAAUCCACUUAUCUACACCCUGAGGAACAAGGAUGUGCAGAGAGCAUGGAAGAGGAUUCUGCAGCCCCAGGGAGUGGUCAAGUCCUAAAAAGGUUAGGAGUCACAAAAAGCCAGGUAACCCUGGCCUGCCUCCUUGAACAACCAUGUACAACUGAAUGAACACAGGAAGGUCUGUGUUUCCAAGUGAGAGACUAUGAGCUCCAGGAAGAGUCCCCAUCUAUUGAUAUUGACUGCCUUGAUGUCUAGAGAAAUGCUUCCAACUAUGACAGUUAGUGGUGGGGGCGGGUUAGGAGGUG